AUGGCGCCAACACCCCUAGGACAGCUUUCCAAGUCUAGCCGACUCGUCUACCGAGCCCCAGAGAACUCCGAAGAGGACAUUGCAUUUCUCCAGGAUUACAUUAUCAACGAUGAGAUAAUCCAAACACAGAGCACUGGACGUCUCCCACGCCCAGCUUCCAAAAAGUCCGCAGAGGAAUUCAUCAAAACUAUCCAAGAAUCCCUUCUAGGAGUGCUCAUAUGUCUUCCUCCUCAAACUUCUCCCGAAACAGGGACGGAAUCUUCAGAGGCUCAAACCUCGAGUCAACCUGUUAAAAAAGCCAAGCCAAUCCCAAUUGGCCACAUCAGUCUUUUCAGCCACACUGGAAUGGGCUACGACCAUCAUCGCAAUGCAAUGAUAGGCAUCUCUCUUAUUGACGGGUAUCGGGGGAAAGGAUAUGGCGGAGAAGCUAUUAACUGGGCACUGGACUGGGGAUUCCAACAUGCUGCACUGCAUAGAAUCGUCAUAGGUGGAUUCUCAUACAACGAGAAUGCAUUGAGGCUUUACAGAAAGCUUGGAUUUGUGGAUGAAGGUCGUGAACGUGAGGCCGUAUACCAUUGUCGUGCUUGGCAUGAUAUUGUCACUAUGUCUAUGCUGGAGCAUGAGUGGGAGGUUUUGAGAGGAGUUGCGCCCGCUCAAUCAUAUCGUGCUUCUCUCCCUGAAGUGUCUGAUCAAUGA